AAUCCUCAUUCCAGUAUACCUCUGUCACGUCAACCUACUCUACGUGAACGAUUGCUUGGCUCUGGGAAUUGGGAAGAUUACCAACGACAAAGAAGUCAUUUUGCAAAAAAGCUGUUCACAAGAUAUGGAGCUAAUAAACCCGGGAAACUGGAGUCCGGAUCGGAAAUUGACGAACUUCUUCGAAAUUACAUGGAUGCCCAGUACUUCGGCACAAUCCAAAUUGGAACACCAGCACAAAACUUCACUGUUAUCUUUGACACUGGCUCGUCCAAUUUAUGGGUUCCAUCAAGAAAGUGCCCAUUUUACGACAUUGCUUGCAUGUUGCAUCAUCGAUAUGACUCUGGAGCCUCGUCCACGUACAAAGAAGAUGGACGUAAAAUGGCUAUUCAGUAUGGAACCGGAUCCAUGAAAGGCUUCAUUUCCAAGGACAAUGUCUGUGUAGCCGGAAUCUGUGCAGAAGCACAGCCAUUUGCAGAAGCUACCAGUGAACCUGGCCUUACGUUUAUUGCAGCGAAAUUCGACGGAAUUCUUGGCAUGGCUUUUCCAGAGAUUGCUGUCCUUGGAGUUACGCCAGUAUUCCAUACAUUCGUGGAACAGAAGAAAGUCCCAAGUCCAGUCUUCUCAUUCUGGUUGAACAGAAAUCCGGACUCAGACCUUGGUGGUGAAAUCACAUUGGGUGGUAUGGAUUCACGUCGUUAUAUUGACCCAAUCACAUGGACACCAGUAACCCGUCGAGGCUAUUGGCAGUUUAAAAUGGAUGCGGUCCAAGGAGGUUCGUCAGCAGUAGCUUGUCCGAACGGCUGCCAAGCUAUUGCCGAUACCGGCACAUCUCUGAUUGCUGGUCCAAAAGCACAAGUCGAGGCGAUCCAGAAGUUCAUCGGAGCUGAGCCACUCAUGAAGGGAGAGUACAUGAUUCCAUGCGACAAAGUCCCAACCCUUCCUGAAAUAUCGUUUGUGAUCGAAGGCAAGACCUUCACUCUCAAAGGAGAGGACUAUGUCUUAAGUGUGAAAGCAGGAGGAAAAACAAUUUGUUUGUCUGGCUUCAUGGGUAUGGACUUCCCCGAGAGAAUUGGUGAACUGUGGAUCCUUGGAGACGUCUUCAUUGGGAGGUAUUACACCAUAUUCGACAUUGGACAAGCUCGUCUUGGAUUCGCUCAGUCAAAGAGUGAAGACGGAUUCCCUGUACCACCUGCCGUUCGAACACUGAGCUCUUCGAGGGUUUAUAACUACUACAAAGCAGAAGAAGACGACGACGACUUCUUUUUCUAA